AUGGAGCUCAAGACGGAUACCCAACGAUCAUCAGAGCUUCAACUUGCAUGCAAGAUCCAAUGGAGCACCGCCAUCGAGCUAAGAGCGAUCGAGACAGAUGCGAGAUUGCUAGUCAGCGUCGAAUCAAAGAAGCCCCUUGUCGAUGUCGAUAUUGUUAAAGAUAUAGCCAAGGUUGAUAGCUGA